CCCCUUGCUGCUUUUGGUAGCGCCUUUGCUUAACGCUGUUGACGGAGGCACUUCUUUGUUGUAGCCCAGCACAGGAAUCAGGCGUUAAAUCGGCCCUAACGAUGGAAGAAAAGCAGUACACAUCACUGACGGUCCCGACGGACUAUCUGCAGCACUGGUUCCAAUCAACUCAACAGUUUCAAGCACUGCAGGCUGCUCAGUACCACCAGAUGUCUAAUGUUUCCCCUUUGAUGGACCACUUUAAAGAAGAGCCCGAGAUGACAGAACUUCAGGUUCAUCCAGAGCAUUUUGCAGUACAACCGGAACAUCUAGAGAUUCACCAGGAGAACCUUAUGGUUCACCAGGAGCCUCCUAUAAUUCAACAGGAACCUAUGGUGCUUCCCAGCCAGGGUCCAGUAAAGGGAAAGCGAGGAAGACCACCAAGCAAGGAGCCGAAGAAGCCUGGUCAAAAAAAAGCAAAAACAGCGGAGGGGUCAGGAGGUAAGCAGGAGAAGAUCUCUGACGCCUUCAAGAAGGUGAAGAGGAAAGUGGACCGAUUCAAUGGGGUGUCAGAAGCUGAGCUCAUGACAAAAACCUUGCCAGAUAUUCUCACAUUUAAUUUGGACAUAGUAAUUAUUGGAAUUAAUCCAGGGUUGAUGGCAGCUUACAAGGGGCAUCAUUAUCCUGGGCCAGGAAAUCAUUUUUGGAAGUGCCUUUUUCUGUCUGGCCUCAGUGAUGCCCAGUUAAAUCAUCUAGAUGAUCAGUCUUUGCCUGAAAAGUAUGGAAUUGGCUUCACCAAUAUGGUGGAAAGGACAACUCCUGGAAGCAAAGAUCUUUCCAGCAAGGAGUUCCGAGAAGGAGGCAGAAUUCUUGUUGAGAAGCUAAAGAAGUAUAAGCCACUUGUAGCAGCAUUCAAUGGGAAAUGCAUUUAUGAAAUUUUCAGCAAAGAGAUAUUUGGAUUUAAGAUUAAGAACUUUGAGUUUGGAAUACAGCCUCACAAGAUUCCUGAAACAGAAACGGUUUGUUAUGUGAUGCCCUCUUCAAGUGCUCGGUGUGCCCAGUUUCCCCGUGCUCAAGACAAAGUUCACUACUAUAUUAAGUUAAAAGAGCUGAGAGACCAAUUGAAAGGUGUUAUUAUCCAUAAGGAAGUACAGGAGACAGACUACAGUUUUAACCUUGAGUUGGCGAAAGAGGAUGCAAAGAGGAUGGCCAUUAAGGAGGAAAACUAUGACCCUGGCUAUGAAGCUGCUUAUGGUGUAGCGUAUGGAGAGACAGGACCGGAGAGUAAUGGGCAUUGUAAUUUUUCCACUUCAGGGACAGGUGUAAGCAACACAGAUCUGAAUGCACCACAAGCAUUUGGACAAGUCCCAGAAGGACAGUAGAUACUGCAAAUCACUGCAUAUUGGGUUUCUAGUACUGUGGCACGCACAGCCAACAGCCACCAAAGGAGACUUUUAAACCCCUGUGGUUUCAAGGAGCUGCGCAAAUGCUGCAGUUUUAGUGCAGUCGCUAAGACAAAGCCUCAGUUUCCUAACUGAAGACUUUUAUUCCUACUAUUUUUCUUUCUUUUUUGAGUUUUUUUUUUAACCUACCAGGCAUUUUAUAAACUUGAAAAAGACCUAGUGAACUGUUGAAGAAUGCAUUUUAGAAUAGUUUUAUCACAAACUAUUUAAAAACCGUAGUAGGCUAUUGUUUUAUAUUUAAUGUAAUUGAUACAUUGUGUUUUUUUUUUUAAUUUUUAAUCCAUUUUCAGAGUUGAAAGCAUUUUACAAAGUGCAAUUUUACAAAGUUGGUUAUAGAUUAUGGAAAUGCAAUAGUACACAUCUGAAAUUUCUGUACUUGAUCAGGGUUUUAUGUAAAGACUUCAGUUUCAUAGGGAUUUUAUCAACGAUGUAUGUUAGAUGUGUUUAUUUUUUCACGACAAAAAGACAAAUUAAUAUUCUUCAUGCCCUCUAAAACAGUUGUAAUUUUAAAAUUAUGAUCUAUUUGUAUCACUUGUUCUAUGACUAGCCAGUUUCAUAAAAUAUUAAUAGUAACUGAUUUAAUUAAUUUGACCAAAUAGGUUAAACAAAAUUGUGGAUGGCUAUUGACUGAUGUGGUCUAAUUCUUCAAAGAGAUGAAAUAGAAUCCGAGACAUCUCUGACUGUAUAUAUACAGUUAAAAGUCAGGCUUACAGGAUAGGCAAGCUUACCAUACUUCACUAAUAGUUAAUUUCACUCAUUACUACUACUAACAGUUUGGUUUGACUAAUUUGGUGCAAGCCAGCAACUUCUGUCCCGUUUGUUCUUUGAACUAUUUUCUGUGAUAUUAACUUAGUGAUCUGUUCCAGUACUGUUGGGCACUUCUCUGAGGCCAAAACUGGACUCAGAUACAGUAGUGUGCAGCGUACAUAAUGUUACACCCCCAGUUUCCAGGUGCUGAUUUAUUUGAAAAGACACUCUUUAUUCUUUAGUCAAAAAAGUUACCAAAUUCAAGAAACAGUGAAAUAUCUUAGCCUGUCCUAAAAUGUAUGCUAUAAAAAUAUAAAAACAGGAAUGCUAGAGAAGUAUUUGAAAAUAACAAAUUCUUUUCAAUUUGAGUUGUCAAUGCUGCACACUGGCAGAUAUUCAUUUUAUUACAAUGCUGCAAGUUCACCAGUAGAUGCAGAGCUGGAAGUUAAAGUGGAAAGAUUUGUACACCAAGUACUAAUGUAACUGACACUAGCUAUCAUUAGACUCAUCUGUCAGGAUUCACCUGGGAGUUUUGGUUUGCUUCUGCACUGCAGUGCUGAUUUAUAACCAACUGUUUUUGUUGUAUGUUUUUGUCCUACUGUUUACAUGUCUUAUGUUGGAGUGUGUGUGGUGCCUCCAUUCAAUAAUAUAUUCUUCUCCUCACCCAAUCUUCUUUUCUUCACUGGAAACUUGUUGUUUGGGAUAAGUUAUUUUUCAGCAUUAUAAAUCUUGCCAUCUACAGUGCCUUUUAUAAAGGAUCAGGUUUUUUUCUUUGCCUGUCUCUUGCAUCUCCUCUACUUAAAUGCAGCUAAAAAAAAGUAAGGGAUUUUUAAUGCUGUUACCUAGUUGUCUGAUGAUGACAUGCAUGUAGCUGCUUUGUAGAGUUGUAAUAUUAUAGUAAGGAGGUGGAGAGACUGAUUCUGCACAGUAUAUUUAAGUUUACAUCUUUAUCUUCAAGUACUGUAAACAAUUCAGUUAUAUUGCAUUAGACUGAAAGCAUUUUGUCAAAUGUUUUAAGUUAUUUUUAAAUAAUGAAAGACCUCAUGGGUUGUAAUAUGCUAACUAAUAGUCAGCAUUAGAUUUCUCAAAUCUUUCCUGCUAAAGUUUUAAAUUUAUGCACACAAUUUUUUUUCAAAGACUAACAGCAUACUUUGGUGGCUAUGAAAAUCAUGACGCUAAACACUUUUGUACUGCAUAGUUGGAUUCAUUCUCUGGUACAGUGUAUAUGUAUUCUAUAAGGACACCUUGCGUGUCAUUUUCUCAAGGUGGUGUAUUUCCUGUUGUAUUAAAAAUAGUGUUUUUUUAUUUAAUAUUGCAAGACCUAGUUUGGACUUAAGUGAAAGUUAAUUGUGUUAUCAUACUUCCUUAAAAUGUUGAGCACUGAAGUGGUUUUAUUAUACUUUUUAGAGUAAAUGUGUAGGUGUUAAAUAUUUUAAAUUGAUGCCACAAAAUACAGAGCUACACUUAUGAUACUUUUCAGCAUCAAGGUCUUAAACAUAUUCAGUGGAGCAAAUGUUACAAGUUGAGUUUGCUUUCUCUACCCCAGUGAGGCAUAUUGUGGGGAACAUUUUCUGUGUAGCAGUAAGUAAGAUUAGAGUUAACUUCAGCCUCUCAGUGUAACUCCAUUUUAAUCGGUCUUUCUGGAUCGCAGUCCCUACUUGCACUGCCAGUAGUAACUAGGCUUACUGUUGUUGCAACAAACUUGUGAAUCAUGAAAUAAGGGGACCUAAUGAAUCUAAAGAAUAUGGGUGCUUUUAAAUAUUACACAAAUAAAUGGCAGCUAUUUGAGAUUCUGGAGCUAUUUUGUGGUGUAUUCUGUGUUAACGAUGACUGUAUCCUUAAUGAACAUUGCAGAUUUUAAUUGUGGAAGAAACCAGAAAAGUUUAAUUUGCUUAAAAAACAGUCUGACCUUGCACAAUAAACAUUUUGCAUACCA